AUGAGUUCCCAGACAUUCAAAAACACUUUCGGGAUUGCCACCCUAUCCCUCGGCAAUUGCAAGCACCAUUGUUUAGAACAUCGGCUUCAGGAGGCCGCCAAGGCAGGAUUCCAAGGGGUUGAGCUUUUUGAUGAAGACUGGGCUGCCUACCUUACUGCUAACGGUCAAGAUGGCACUCAUCCCUGGGAGCCUACCGAUGGGAAUUUACGCGUCGCUAGGGAGCUUGGUCAGAGGAUCAAGGAUCUUGGGAUGUCGGUUUUCUGUGUCCAACCAAUCCGCCAAAUUGAAGGCUGGCUGAAUCCCAUCCAUCGCGAGCAAAGCUUCUUGCGGGUGCGGGAACGCUUUCCAUUCAUGCGUGCAUUUGGCACUGAUUUGACCUUUAUAUGCUCUCAUGUCCGCUCCAAGACGAGCACGGUGACGAUCGACUUUGGCGUUGUGGUUCAACACCUGCGCCAAUUGGGUGAGAUGGGUGCGGCCUUUGCGCACAAGGACGGUGGCCCGGUCAUCCGGAUUGGGUAUGAGGGCCUUGCUUGGGCAGAUAGAAAUACCUGGUCCUCGACUUGGGAGAUUGUGCGAGCCGUGAAUCUUCCUAACGUUGGUCUCGUCGUGGACACCUUUCACUGGCUGUCGGUGGAGUGGGCGGACCCCACCAGUCCUACUGGACUUGCGUAUGCCUAA